AUUUCAAACCUCACUUCCGGUUCCGGUUUCUAGAGGAGAAGCGGCGACGCAUCAUUGUCAGACUCCCGCAGUUCAGCUGAAUGUGCUGCUGGUCAAGCUGCAGUCGGACUCAUGACUCACAGUCAGUCCAGUCCUGUGGUGCAGACGCGUUUUCAACAGGUGAGGUCAGGUGGGAGGAGGAGGAGGAGCAGGAGGAGGAGGAGGAGCUAGAAGUAGGAAGGAAGACGUCUCCAGAUCUUUGGACUCACCGGAGUUAGAGGAGAAGUUGACUUUCCAUCUAGUAAACUUGGCUGCUAGAAGAAAAAAAAGGAGUAUGACAUCAUAAAGGGGAUUAAGAGAAGGAUCAGGCCGAAGAGAUGGCACAGCAAGACGAACCCCUGUAUGAUUUCCCAGAGCCCACCCAAUCGGCAGAGCGGAAGUUCUCGGGGCAUCAAAGGGGACAAGGCUCCUUGAGAAGCGUCAGCGUACUGGACCGCCUCCUGCUCACAGUCCCUGUCUGGCUCCAGCUGUCAAUCAACCCUGCUAACGCACUGCACAUACUGCAGAGAGAGCCUCCUGGGACAUUCCUGGUGCGGAGGUCUCGCACAUCUCAGAGAAACGUGCUGUGCAUGCGGUUGGUGGAUGACAGUGUGCCGUCCUUCGUUCGGCAGUUUGGCAUCAGGGAGGAACAGAGCACUCUGUCUCUAGAGACUUCGGCCAUCAGUUUUCCAGAUCUGCCGAGACUGAUUUCUUUCUACUGUGUCAGCAGAGAUGUAUUACCUUUCCCUCUGGAGCUUCCUGAAGCCAUCGCAAAGGCAACAUCACACAAAGAGCUGGAGUCCAUCUCGCAUAUGGGAAUAGAGUUUUGGAGUUCACAUCUGAACGUCCGCGGGCCGCGGGAGGCUCCCAAGGAGCAGAAGGACAAGAAGCAGAAGCCAGACCCUGCAACCCCAGCGCCACCUGCUGCUCCUCCGCAGACCGGCUCUAAAUCAACUCCCCAGCCAGACUCAGACCACCAGACCAACACAGUACCAGAACCAGGCGCAGCCACCAAUAAAUCAGCUCCCAACCCCACUCUGUUCCAUGAGUUUUGUCCAAUCAUGACGCGCAGCCCCAGAGAAUUGGACUGUGGAUACGGCUUGGGUGCUCUCUGCUUCAUCAAUCCACUUUUCCUGCAGUCUCAGAGCGCUUUGUCUCGACGGCGAAUGUUGAAACGCAGCCUCAAAGUUCGAAUUUCCAUGGAGACAUCCACCCUGCUGUCCCCGCCUCUCGUGUCGCCACCUCCACCGCCUCUAAUGCCCAAAAGUAAGGGGAGGUGUAAAGCACAGAAAAAGAAACAGGGUGUCGGAGGCCACCAGCUCAGUAAAAGUCUUUCUCAGGGUGGGAACCCAAGUCAAGCCAUCACCCAGAGAGAUCCCACAGCUCAGGUCACCCAGCCUCUGACACAAACACAGGAGGGUCCCUCUGAAGCCCAAACACAGCCUCCGUCUGCAGCUCCUCACAGCCAGCAGGAGGAGCAGGAGCAGGGUGAAACUAAAGCUCGAUUUGAGACUGCAGAGGCUGCCCAGCUCCCAACAGUGAUGGAGCAUCUCGAAGAGGAAUCAGACUACAUGCAGCCCUCUCCAAUGAUCAACGUCUCCCAUCCUCUUUCACUCUCUCAUUACCUUUCUGCUUCCAUGGCACCUCCUCUUUUCCUGAAACUGUCACAGUCCCUCUCUCCUCACAGCCAGCUGGAGGAGCAGGAGCAGGGUGAAACUAAAGCUCAAUUUGAGACUUCAGAGGCUGCCCAGCUCCCAACAGUGAUGGAGCAUCUCGAAGAGGAAUCAGACUACAUGCAGCCCUCUCCAAUGAUCAACUUCUCCCAUCCUCCUUCACUCUCUCCUUACCUUUCCGCUUCCAUGGCACCUCCUCUUUUCCUGAAACUGUCACAGUCCCUCUCUCCUCACAGCUCUCCCGGUAUGUCUCCCUCUCUCUCCCCAUAUCAAUCCCCAACCAUUUCUCCCAAGGCCCCCUUUUCUCUCUCUCCAUGCGACUCCCCCUGUGCCUCACCCUCCCUUUCGCCUUAUCAGUCGCCUUCACUUUCUCCUAAGGUCGCCUUCCCCCUGUCUCCCUUCACUUCCUCACCCUUGUCUCAGAGGACAGAGGAGGUGUAUCACACACCCACUGCCACCGCUUUAAGACCCAGUCAACAAAGAUCAGAGCCAGACACUGAGGAGGAAGGUUCAGCCACCGAUGGAAAUAAGGAGGACAAAGAUGAAACAAAUGAGGAAUUGCAUGAAAAGGAGGAAGAGGAGGGUUUGGUUUUACAGAUGAAUGCUGCUUCUCUUAACGACACGGACAGCUGCAGUUCCUUCAGCAGUCUCGAGGGGGCAGCAGAGACUCCAACUCACUCACUGCAUGAUCAGAACAGUGUGAACCUCUAGCAAUCAAAAAUGCAAGACUUUUAAUUAUUAUGUGAAGUGAUAUAAGAAAAACAAAUUGUGUAAAAUUAGCACAGAUAAGUUGCCAGCAUUCAAGGAGCUUAGAAACAUAUUUUUUUAGAAGACAACUUUGAGCACAAAACCAAAAAUUCCCACGCACAUACCUGAUGUUUUGCAUUUAAAAAGUCAUGUUAAUAGAAAUUUUGUACAGUUACUGUCACCCUCUGUCUCCCAAGCAUACAAUAAAAUAUUUGACAGGGUUUCCAUAUCUCCUGAGAAUUCAACUGCAAACAAGAAACAUUCUUUAAAAACUCUAUCUCCACAACUGUAGAACAGAAACAGGACACAGGAUGUUGUCACUGACCCUCCAGUGAAAUCACUGCAGUUAAAUAUCAGAAAGACUUAAAAUUAGUUUCUUGCUGCAACGUGAAUGGUUUGUUUCUGACACAUAACUCAUCCUUCAGUCAAGUGUCGGUUUUAUAUAUGUCAUUCCUUAAUCUCGAGGGAUAUUUGUAAUCUAAUUAUAACAUAAAUAAAUUAAAGCCUGUGGCUCUGGUAGAAAAAAAAUCCACAAAGUUCUUAUCAAACAACUUUUAUUGUGAAGAUCAACACUACAUUUCUUCAGUACACUCUUUUAGGCCUUCCAAACAACAAUAUUUUUGAACUGUCAAUUAGUAGAUUCAUUUUAAUACCAAACUUGGUAUACAGUGUUUUUGUGUUACCAUAGAAUCAUCUUAAGCUUUCAGAUAAUUAUGAUUGCAGAUGCUGGACAAACAUUUCACUUAGAGGACCAGUUGUAACGAUCAUUUUUAGCCAAAAGUCAACUGUCAAGUUCUGAGUAGAGACAAAAUAUUUCCUAAUCAUUUUGUGAUUUGUGAAACCAAUUUGUGACCAACCGUUACUUACAUAGACAUUAAACCCAGGAUUUAAACGGUCAGGCAGCACUGGUUUAAUGGUUAGUCAGCAAUACUUCUCCUCAGAAAAAUAAGUGCAUCAAAAAGAAUGAUGUUGUACUAAACAGUAUAUAUGAGCUGUGGAUGGAAAAACUGGCUGGUGUCUUUUGGCAAAUGUGUUCUGGCUUUGUGGUAAUGUAGUCUCCCUAUAGAAAUGUCAUUUUAAAGGAUUUGAAAGAAGCUGCAGUUUUUCAACAUUCAUCAUCACCUCUCUUAUCACAUUUGGCUAAAAAAAAAAA